AUGUCUACAGUUGAAAAAGCCGAUUGGACCAUCGAUAGAGGAAGUGGUCUGCUCCAACCAGAUGGACUAUCAUCGGAUGAUGACGUUUCAAGCAGACCGACGGGAAGAACUUCCAAUAAACACUCUACGGUGAUCACAUCGUCUUGGAUCGAAUCACAGGCUUUCUUCCCCUUGCAACUGGGCGGCCGAUUAAUAUGUAGCACAAUACCCCAUCCGAAGUCUAUAUCAUCGGAAGUAUGA